AUUGCUUAGAUCUCGACCUCCCUUAACAACUUGAUAUUAUACGCAUUUACCAUGUUACCAUUCUCAAGAUGGACGAAGGAAUGGGAAAUAUGGCAACAGUUGUACACGUUUAGACGAAGUCUGGAACCAGAUCUAUACGACCUAUGAAAACAUCGUUCUGGAAGUAUCUCUCCUCUUACAUGUACGAAUUAUCGACCUCUGCAAAAACCUGAGGAAGUUCAUUCAGGCUGCUACAAAUAAAUUAAGUGAUUAUGUCGAAAAUAAGAAGGUCUACAAAAUCUAAGGACCGCAAAAAGAAGGGACAGGGUGAUGAAAAUGAUGGAAAGGACAGUGCCUUGGCUUAUAAAAUACUCUCAGCAGAUCAGUGCAGAGAGCUUCUUGCCUUGGGAAUCGACAAUAUGCAAAUAAAAUUGUGUGAUAUAUUUACAUUAAAUAACAACUUGACAGACUUGAAAGAGGCAUCCAUAUUGGAUUAUUAUACUGGUGCUGUUUGGUGGGCUAAAGAAAGGUCAUUUACAAAUCAACAAUUGUCAGGAUUUUUUACUAUUGUUCAUAAUUUAUUAGAAAAUAUCAAAGACAAACAUAUGACCAUGGUGGAAAAUUUAAAAGAAUUUCAGAAAAUGAUGGUUGGUAUUGGUGUGGAACAAUCAGUAGUGCCAUCUGGUGGUUUAGAGUUUUUUGAUAUUAAUCAAGCAAAAAUGAUUACAGAAUAUGUUUCCUCAAGCUUAUUUCAACAUUAUAAACUAUAUGAGUUUAUGUUUAGUCAUACACAAGCUGAGGAAAUAAUAGGAACAGAUGUGGAUAUUGAAGUAGCUAUGUCAGCUGAUGUACCAUUUCCACCACCUUUAGAUGAAGGCAUAACAACUAGUAUGUAUGAACAGUUUAUAGCUACACCACCACCCUCUCCAACACCAGAGCCUAAAGAUGAAGAAGUUAUAGAAGUAGAUAUAAGUUCUGUACUACCAGAAGAUGUAAAUAUUUAUAGUGGUCUAACACCAGAUGAUGUUAAAGCUGUUAUAGAAAGUGUUGCUAAAGAUAUGUUAGGUGGACUCAAGUCGGAUGUUUACAAAAAACUUCAGGAAAAAGAAAAUCAAAUUAUAGCAAAAAUCAAUAAAAUCCAUCGAGUUGCAGAAACCUAAUAAACUGUCUUUUCAUAUAAAAUUAUUCCUCUAUGGAUUCUUUGCACAUUUCAUGUUUUCAUUCCGUCCUCACUAUGUAAUUUGUUGCAAUAUGUUGUCUUUCACAGUAGGCUAUUACCUUUAUUCUAUGGGUUUUCUUUUCUGUGUCAAAAAACUUUAUUUAACAUCUGCUUCUACAACUAAGCAGUAUCUUGAUAAUUACUUUCAUGAAAUAACCAGGUAAUUAUUUAGAUUGUACCAUUUACUAAAAAGGUGGUUUACAGUGUACCAGCUGAUUAAAGUCGUAGACCUUGUAGUGUAGGUCAACACAGUUGGAAAUUUUCAAAAAAAACCUUGAAAUGGUUGUUAAAAUGUACAUAGAUUUUUAUUUUUAUAAAAAUGUUUUAAAUUAUCUUAGUGGCUAGUUGUUUCAUAGCGAUUUAGGUUGGUGACCUAGACUAUUGGGUAUCAAAUUAACAUUCAGUAUAUUCAUUUAAUUAAUCUAUGUAUAUUACCAGUUUAUCAUUGUGGUUUGGAGAAAUAUCACCUGUGUAUUUAGAAGUUGUGUUUUAUUAGUUCUUUUUUAUAACAAACUUUGUUAAUUAUGUACAAAAGUAUUUGUAUUGUAGGCUUUCACUGGCUAGCACACCAUCCAAUCGGCAGUUAAAGCAUUGGCUCAUAAAUACAAGCGUUUAACUGAUCAAGUUCAAUUUACUUAUGUCUUUGGAAGAUACAGAAAGGUUUACUUGGAAUGUUUUUAAUAAAUCUGUAUAAGAAUAGAUAUGUAUAAAUCCUGUCUGUGUAAAACACUAUAGCAAUAUAUAUGAAUUAUGUAAAUUAAAGUAUAUAAAUAAUG